CCCCCGCGGUGCCUGCGCUUUGGAUCAUCAUCUCGCGAGAGGCAGUUUGAAAUUUCUGGCGGUUGUUGUUGGCGGCUCGCGCUGAGAUCGGGUAAACAAAAAGGGCUGCUUUGUGGCAGAGAGGACUCGAGAGAAUCAUAGACAGCUAGAGAGAUUUUUUUCCAUAUAAAUGGGUACGCAAAAAGAUCAAAUGCUCCAAAUUCAACAAGCCUUUGAAAAGGCCCAGAAAGGACAUCAAAAUCUUGCAAAGUUGGUGGCAGGUCUUAAACAAAUAUACAAUCAGGAUGAAGAUAAAAAUAUGUUUCAUGAAGAAUUUAUCAAUUUAUUGAAGUAUCCCAUGACUAUUUACAAGCGAGAGCCAGCAGUAGAACGAAUAAUUGAGUUUGUUGCAAAAUUUGUUACUUCAUUUGAAGAGCCUGGAGAUGAAGAAAGUGACGAAGAAAAUUCUUUCAUGCUGUUCCUAUUUCGUUUUCUGCUCAAGUCUCACAAUGCCUGUAGCCACUCUGUUCGAUUCCGUGCCUGCCAACUUAUCAACAAACUUCUUGGCAGUAUGUCAGAAAAUGCACAGAUUGAUGACGAGCUAUAUGACCGUAUCUAUGAAGCCAUGCUAGUGAGAUUAAAGGACAAGUUUCCAAAUGUGCGAAUACAGGCUGUAUUUGCCUUGUCCAGACUUCAAGACCCCACUGAUGAAAAUUGUCCAGUAAUUGAUGCAUAUUUGCACUUAAUUGAAUGCGAUACCAAUCCAGAGGUGAGACGAGCAGUAUUGUCCUGUAUAGGGCCAUCAGCACAGACUCUUAGCAAGAUAAUUGGACGUACUAUGGAUGUUAAAGAGAAUGUCAGAAAAUUAGCCUAUGAGGUUUUAGCGGAAAAGAUACACAUAAAAGCGUUUUCCAUUGCACAGAGGGUAAAACUUCUUACGCAAGGCUUGGCUGACCGUUCAGAUGCUGUGAAAGAAGUGGUACAGAAAAAGUUGUUGCCAGCUUGGCUUCGCACCAUGGAGGGCAACGUUUUAGAUUUGCUCCAUCGUCUGGAUGUGGAAAAUUGUGUUACAGUGGCUGAAUCUGCUCUUAACUCCUUGUUUGCCCAAACCCCUCUCGAGGACUUGGUUGAAAAGUUUCAAAAUCUAAAUCAUGGAAAGGUAAUAUCAGCAGAAAGUCUUACUUGUGAGAAUGCUCUGUAUUGGAGAUGCCUCUGCAAUUACAUGAAAUCAAUGGAAGAUGAAAGGGAAGAAGCCUUGGAAAAGCUUUUACCUGAAACAGCGGUUUAUGCUGCAUAUCUCUUGAGCUACCUGAAAAACCUUCCAAUACUGAAUGAGUCUCAGAGAGCUGACUUUGCGCAAAUUGAAGAUGUAAUGAAGAAAGAAUUCAUAUGCCAGCAACUGAUCAUCCUUGUUGGCUGUCUGGAUACAUCAGAAGAAGGUGGCAGAAAAUGCCUGCUCUCAGUGUUGCAAGAAAUUUUGAUCUUGCCCAACACACCAAGUUCACUUAUUGCAUUGCUGAUGGAACAAUUGCUGUCCAUCCAGAAGGAGGAUGACCGAAGAAUUCGACUGAACCAUAUAACAACGACCGUCAAGUUAAUUAAACUAGACCUUGGAAUAGCUGCUGGACCGGGUAACUGGACUGAAACGGAGCAGAUUCCUGCUCAGACUCGCCCUCAGGAUGAGCCGAAGCACCGACCUUCCACAAACACCGAGAGACAUCCCCAACAGUCACCAACCGGCCGGGUCACCGCAAGGAGCAACGUGCAGCUCCGCGCCUUCCACAACCCGCGACUCCCAGGACAGCGCCGCCUCUGGCCAACGUCAGGCAAUGCUGCAGGCUCCGGUCACAGCGCCACGCCUGGCCAGCUGCCGGCAAUGCUCCUGUGGACUGAAAUUGUCGCAGCGCGAAGGAGGUCAUCUUUCUGUUGGCGCAAUUUGCUCGAGGAGCAAUUCAUUUUGCAUCGGUCCUGCUUCCCACUACGUCUUGUUCUCCUGUAG